AUGGACUCCAAGCCUGCCAUUCUCUUCUAUGAUAUUGCCUCCGCGCCCCCAGUCACUUGCUUUGCGCCGAAUCCCUGGAAAACAAGAUACGCCCUCAACUUCAAACAAGCCCACUAUCAGACCGAAUGGGUAGAACUGCCCGAAGUAUCCUCCGUCCGCAAGAGACUCGGCGUCGCAGCCAACAGAGUCCACCGAGACGGCAGUCCCUUCUACACCCUUCCAAUCAUCAGAAACACCUCGACAUGCGACAUCGUGGGAGAUUCAUUCGAGAUCGCGCUGUACCUUGACAGGCUCUACCCUGAGGGAGCAAGGUUAUUCCCUCCUUCGACUGUUGGCCUUCUCUCCGCGUUCAAUUCCCAGGUCGAUGCUAUCUUCACCCAGCAUGUCAUUCUAUGUCUCAAUGGGAUGCCUUUCAACCCUGAGACAGCGGAGGAGUCUAAAGCAACCUUUGCCAAGCGAGCGGGCAAAGAGUGUUGGGAUGAGUUGACGGUAAGAGGGGAGGAGAGGGCGCGGACGCUCGAGGGGUUCCAGGGUGCGCUGGGCGAGCUGGCAAAGGCGUACCGGCGAACGGAAGGCCCGUUUCUUGAGGGUGAUACGGCGACAUAUGCCGAUUUUAUUGUAGGUAGCUGGUUGAAGUUUUUCAAGAAGACGAUGGAGGAGUGGGAGGAGCUACAGAGUUGGCAUGAUGGGCUAUGGGGGGAGUUACAUCGUGCGUUGGAAAAGUACGCAGAGGACAAAUAA